GUUACCAAACAUGAGGUUGCACCAGAAUCUGAAUGGAAGAAAUGGAACUGGAGAUCAGAAGGAGACCAAAUGUUGAAUGGUGCCUUCUUCACUGCUACAGGGGCAGGAGCUUCUUCGAGUUAUGCAAGGGCCUCGAGCUUGGGUGCGAGACCUUCUUCCCUCGUGGGCUCAAUCACCAUUGGAGCAGGAGCACUUGGCUGCAAGAAGGGUUCACGUUGCUGA